AAAUAUUCCAAAUUAGUGGCCUUUGAAGAACCAAGAAAGCAUUUGACAUUUAACACCGCUCCUGACUUCACCGCUACCAUCGUACAUUUCCCGCUACCUAAACCAAACUCUUCCCUUUCAUUCAUUCCAUUCUCAAUUCUCAUUCCCUCUCCGGUAAGAAAAUCUAUGGAUCUUGAUGCAAUUUUUGGGAUUACGAAACCUGUGGCGGCGGAUAUUCCGAGGAGGAGUGCUAUUUAUGUGUGGGGAUAUAAUCAAUCUGGGCAGACAGGUAGAAGGGAGAAAGAUGAUGAGCUGAGGAUUCCCAAACAGCUGCCACCUCAACUGUUUGGGUGUCCAGCUGGUUUGAAUACACGGUGGUUGGAUAUUGCGUGCGGUCGCGAGCAUACAGCUGCGAUAGCCUCGGAUGGAUCGCUUUUCACUUGGGGGGCUAAUGAGUUUGGUCAACUGGGUGAUGGAACUGAGGAGCGAAGGGAACAUCCAAAGAAAGUCAAACAAUUAAAGUCGGAGUUUGUAAAAUCGGUAUCUUGUGGUGCACAUUGUUCUGCUUGCAUUGCAGAACCUCGUGCAAAUGACGGUUCCAUCUCGACUGGAAGACUUUGGGUGUGGGGGCAAAAUCAGGGAUCAAAUCUUCCAAGAUUGUUUUGGGGAGCCUUCGAACCUAACACAGUCAUUAAGCAAGUGUCUUGUGGAGCUGUUCACGUGGUUGCUUUGUCUGAGGAAGGCCUACUACAAGCUUGGGGCUACAAUGAAUAUGGUCAACUUGGCAGAGGUGUUACCUGUGAAGGACUACAAGGAGCUCGCAUUAUAAGUUCUUAUGCUAAAUUCCUUGACGAAGCCCCCGAGCCCGUGAAGAUUACCAGUGUGUCAUGUGGGGAGUACCACACAGCAGCCAUUUCAGACGAGGGAGAGGUUUACACAUGGGGACUAGGGAGUAUGGGCCAGCUUGGACAUUCUUCACUUCAGUAUGGUGAUAAAGAGUUACUUCCAAGGAGGGUGGUUUCCCUCGACAGUAUUUUCAUAAAAGACGUAUCAUGCGGUGGUGUACAUACAUGUGCUUUAACUCAGGAAGGAGCACUUUACGCUUGGGGUGGAGGUCAAUCUGGACAGUUAGGCCUAGGCCCCGACACAGGAUUAUUCUCGUGCGUCGUUAAUGACUCUCGGACAUUUUUCCGUAACAUUCCAGUUUUAGUUGUUCCAAAAAGCGUACAACUUGUUGCAUGUGGACAUUCUCACACACUUAUCUGUAUGAAAGAUGGUCGGAUACAUGGAUGGGGUUACAAUAGUUACGGUCAGGCAGCCAAUGAGAAAACUACAUAUGCUUGGUAUCCGUCACCUGUUGACUGGUGUGUUGGGGAGGUUCGAAAACUAGCUGCUGGUGGGGGCCAUUCAGCUGUGUUGACGGAUGCUUAUUCAUUAAAGGAGUUGUGUGAGUUUGUACUUGCGGAUAGUAUGACCUUGUCUAAUGCUGCUAAAGUUGAGGAUAUUGCGUAUAGAACUGGAUCCGAUGCUUUAGCUCGCCUUUGUGGAAGACUCAGAGAGUACAUGCUUGCCAGUGGCGCUCAUGGACAAGACGAGGAAAAGAACAGUAAAAUCUAACAAAGCAUUCAUAGUUAAAAUUAUUCAUGAUUCUGUGUAAUCAUGAAAUGUAUGUAAUUCUUGUAUUCAUUCAUGGACCUGUGUUAUUAUUUGAACAUAAGUAGUCCUGCAGUGUAUAUAGUGUUCAUUUACCUAGAAGCUUAGUACCAAAUAAUGUAUUUUAGAGUAAUGUAUGUACAUAGAAAAAUAAUUUGUCUAUCUAUUGAAUAAAGAGAUCAUUGACUCA